AUGGAAGAACUAGUGGGGACAAUGAACUCCCAAUUAGACUUGCCGGAAGAAGGAUCCGUCAAUAGGAAUCCGGGACCACAUGGACAGGGUGGUGCUGGGUACACAAGUGGACUAGUGAUUCCUAAGCUUGCAAAGCUUGAUUUUCCUCGCUAUGAUGGAUCGGAAGAUCUAACUCUAUGGAUUUGUCGUGCAGAACAAUUCUUUGAAUUUCAAGGGACAUCAUUGGAAGAUCAAGUCAAAUUAGCAGCCUAUCACUUGGAAAAAGAUGCUCAAUUGUGGUACCAACGACGCAAAAAUCAAGGUCACUUGGUUACUUGGGAUGGAAUGGAUGCGGGAUUGCUAGAGAGGUUUGUUGUAAUUGAAUAUGAAGAUUUCUUUGGAGACUUAUGCAAGCUUAAGCAGAUGGGAAUUGUUUCCAACUAUCAAACUCAGUUUGAAAGGCUUCUACCACGGGCCGACACUUUGACAGAUAAACAAGAAGCUGAGUGUUUUAUUAGUGGAUUGAAUGAUGGGCUAAAGGCGGAUGUAAGAGUCUAA